AUAGGUCAAUGCAAGUUAGAUUUUUUUAGGUCUGGUGAAACUAUUAGUCGAUAUGUCCGUAGAGUAUUGUGUGCAUUACUCAGUUUGCAAGAUGUGUUGUUUGCAAAACCAACCCCUAUCCCAGAGGAUUGCACGGAAUCGAGAUGGAAAUGCUUUAAGGGUUGCUUAGGAGCGCUAGAUGGAACAUACAUAGGGGUCACUAUGCCUGAUGUCGAUAGACCAAGAUAUAGAACAAGGAAGGGUCAUAUAGCAACUAAUGUGUUAGGCGUAUGCACACACGACCUCAAAUUCGUAUAUGUGUUAUCCGGUUGGGAGGGAUCAGCUACUGAUUCGAGAGUUCUUGGUGACGCUGUUACUAGAGCUAAUGGCCUCAAGGUCCCAACUGGUACAUAUUAUUUGGUUGAUUCCGGAUAUACGAAUGGUGAGGGUUUUCUGGCACCGUAUAGAGGCACUAGAUACCAUUUGCAAGAGUGGGAAAACAAUUCACGUGCACCUAGGAAUCAUGAAGAAUAUUUUAAUAUGAAACACUCACGUGCUAGGAAUGUCAUUGAGAGAUGUUUUGGCCUCCUCAAACGACGUUGGGCUAUCUUACGAAGUCCUUCCCACUAUCCAAUCAAGAUUCAGGGACGAAUGAUCACCGCAUGUAGUUUACUUCAUAAUUUUAUCAGAAUGUAUAUGGCAGUUGAUCCUGAAGAAAAUGCAAGGCUUGCAUUUGAUGAAUUACCUAUAGGGGAAGAUUUACCAGAAGUAUUAGCCUACAUUGAAACUGUUGAGUCAAGCCAAAUAUGGACUCAAUGGAGGGAUGAUCUUGCAAGAGAAAUAUAUGAUGAGUGGAGAGGAAGGAGGGCUUGAAAAUUGGUUAACAUGGUAGUUGUUGUAGUUGUCUUUUAGAUGUGGACUCAAUUUAGUUGUUGUAAUUGGCUUGAAAAUUCGUAACAUCAAGACUAUUGAGAUGUUUGUUAUUGUAAUAUGGUAAUUGGGAGUUAUCUAGAUGUUAUGGCUUAUUUGAUAUGUUUAUUUGUGUUACUAAAUUUUAAUAAAUUUUAAAAUUAGGGUGUA